AUGGGUGAAACGCGUACCAAGAAGACAGGCAAGAAGCCCAAACCAUGUGGGUCAUCGAGUGCAUUAAAGAAUUCCAUUGGCGUGCUUGAUGAAGUCGUGGCCAAGUCGAGCAAUAACCGUCCUCCCUCGACUAUAUCCUUCGAGCAAGCCCCGCCUCGUCCAUACGACACGUCUCUCAUUCAAAUUGAAAAAACAGCAAACAAAGGUUAUGGUGUGUUUGCAGCACGAAAAAUACCUGCUGGUACCUUGUGCCUCGUGGAAGCCCCUCUGAUAAGGUUGACCCCUUCUGAAGAUGUCGGUACCGAUGAGCAGAGACAAUUGUACAUACAGCAUUAUUACGAAGCACUUCCCACCCACUCUCAAAAGGACUAUCGCCAUCUGUGCGACACUAAAAAGGCCGACUUCACCCGCAGGAUGUCCAUCUUCUAUAGUAAUUGCUAUGACAUGAAACACUAUGGCGGUGGAGCAUGUAUUGGAGAGAUUGCCAGCAGAAUCAAUCAUUCUUGCACUCCUAACGUUGUCUUCUCCUUUGCUAAGACAUUACCUGACAGCUUGUUCACUGGGGACAAAAAAGAUGUGCCACGGCCUUCACAGGCCUCAGUCGGCUUCAUGGUCUUCCAUGCCAUCAAAGACAUAUCUAAGGGCAAAGAGCUUGUAUCGAACUAUCAGUCCAUCUGGCGCCUUACUCCCGAACGACAAGCAGAGAUGAGCAUACACUAUCGCUUCAGAUGCGAUUGUAUGGCUUGUGAGCAGGACAGUCCUGGGCAGGACGGUGAUCGCCGUCGCCGCAAUAUGAUCAAGUACAGAAAUAUUGUUCUUACAGCAGAUAAGGAACUGACAAUGUCGCGUAAGGAAUGGCUGAUGAGACAAGGCCAGAUGUCUGAGUCAGAACGUCACGAAGACCUGUACUCAUGGCUGCGAAGCCAGGUCGUACAAGAUAAGGUUUCCACUGCCCUCGAGAAACUUACAGCGUUGGCUCAAUUGCUGCCUAAAGAGGGUAUACAUGGCGGUCAUGACCUUGCUAAUAUCUAUAAAGAUUUGGCGAAGUGGUCGAUGCGAGCAGACGAUGAGGUUGCUGCUAACAAAUGGCUUCAGUCUGAGCUGGAAAUAUGUACCAAAUCAUUCGGAUCUUGGAGCGAAAGGGUCAAAGAAAUACACGAGAGGCAGCCCGGUUGGUGGCUAAUAGGGCUCGACAAGGAGUAG